AUGGACGCCGAGUAUGGCCUCCUCAAGAUACGACAAAGUGCCGAUCCGAACAACGACGAGAACAUCGGUUCUGCACUCAAUACUUCGCCCUCUCUAUCAGGCUUGAUCUCAACACUGGUCCCGACCCUCAUUAUCGCCGUGGUGUACUUUGCGCUCUUCGUCGUUCUGCGCUCCCGCUUUCCUAGACAAUAUGCGCCUCGAACAUAUCUGGGUGCUUUGCUCCCUCAAGAACGAACUCCGGCGCCGCCAAACACACUCUUCGGAUGGAUCCCAUUUAUGAGAAAGCUGCCCGACGAAUAUGUUCUUCAACACAAUUCCUUGGAUGGAUACUUCCUCCUGCGAUACCUUAAGAUGUCCAUCAUCAUCUGCUUUGUUGGAUGCUGCAUCACAUGGCCCAUCCUGUUCCCAGUCAAUGCAACCGGCGGCGGUGGUCAAAAGCAACUCAACAUCCUGAGCUUUAGCAACGUCCAGGAUAAGAACCGUUACUUUGCCCAUGUCUUUGUGGCGUGGAUCUUUAUCGCAUUCAUCUUCUUCCUCGUUACUCGAGAGCUCAUCUACUACAUCAACUUGCGACAGGCCUACCUCCUGUCUCCAUUGUACGCCUCCCGAAUUUCUUCACGCACCGUACUUUUCCAGUCAGUCCCGCCCAAGUAUGCCGAUGAAGGCCGAAUCCGUAGAAUGUUUGGCGACGAGCUCAAGAAUGUAUGGAUUGCUUCUAAUGCCAAAGAACUGGAAGAGAUGGUCUCCGAGAGAUACAAGCUCUGCAUCAAACUCGAGACGGCCGAGACGAAACUAAUAAAGCUUGCAAACGAUGCCCGCCUGAAAGCUUUUAAAGGGAAGUCGCCAGCUCCUGAGAGGCCGACUUACGAUGAGGACUAUGGCGAAGAGUCAGGCUCGGCUGCUGCGCGUUGGGUCAGACCCAAGGACCGUCCAACCCAUCGCCUCAAACCGUUGAUCGGAAAAAAGGUCGAUACGAUCAAUUACUGCCGUGAGGAGAUUGGUAGACUCAAUCCAUUGAUCGAAGCAGAACAAGACAAGUACCGUUCAGGCGAGUCCAAGGCUAGAAAUGCAAUUUUUGUCGAAUUCUGGAACCAGACGCAAGCGCAGAAGGCCUUUCAGAUGGUCACUCACCACCAACCUUUGCACAUGUCGCCUCGAGUUGUCGGCCUUAGUCCAGAGGAAAUUGUUUGGUCAAACCUAGGUAUCACCUGGAAGACCCGCACCAUUCGAAACAUUAUAUCCCUGGCUGCCGUUGUUGCCCUGAUUAUCUUCUGGUCUAUUCCGGUGGCUUUUGUCGGUUCCAUUUCGCAGAUAUCCUACCUUACAGAAGUCGCCCCUUUUCUGAAAUUCAUCAACAAUUGUCCAGAGGUUAUUCUUGGUGUUAUUACGAACCUCUUGCCUACCAUCAUGCUCUCGCUGCUUAUGUCUCUCGUGCCUGUCAUAAUGAGAUUCAUGGGAAAGAUGGCAGGAAAGCCGACGCUCUCUUUGAUCGAACUUCGAUGCCACGAAACAUUCUUUUGGUUCGAGGUCGUUCAAGUUUUCCUUGUAACGACCAUGACUUCUGCUGCCAGUGCAGCGGUACCUCAAGUUAUCAAUCAACCUGGAAGCCUGACCACAAUUCUGGCAAAGAAUCUCCCUCUGGCUGCCAACUUUUACAUCUCCUACUUCAUCCUCCAAGGGUUGGUAUUCUCAUCCGGUCAACUUUUGCAGAUCGUAGGGCUGGUCCUCUACAAUGCCAUGUCCAAAAUACUCGAUAAAACCCCAAGGAAGAUGUACAAUCGAUGGUCCAGCUUGUCGUCGGUCAGUUGGGGAGAUAUUUUUCCCGUUCUUGAGAUGAUGACUGUGAUCUCUAUCACGUAUUCUCCCAUCGCGCCUUUAAUGAUGGGCUUUGCGACGAUCGGUUUGGGACUAUUCUACUUUGCAUACCGGUAUAGUCUACUAUUCGUUGACAGCUCAGUCAUCGACACCAAAGGUCUCGUUUAUCCCAAGGCUCUGCACCAUACUUUGGUAGGCUGUUAUUUGGCAGUCAUUUGUAUGAUUGGAUUACUCAGUAUACGAGCUGCUCCUGCUCCAUUGGUACUGAUGGUCAUUCUGCUUGUUGUGAUGGCCCUCUACCACAUCUCCCUGACAUCAGCUGUCGAGCCUCUACUGCACUACCUCCCACGCUCUCUCGAAGACGAAGAAGCUGCCCUCCUUGAGGAAAACAAUACCGCUGAACCUUCAAUAUUUGCCCAGGGAAAGAAUAGCGUAUCUGAGAAGAGCCCUGUCAAGGAAUCGAGGCAAACAAAGGAAAUCAAGCAUGCAAAUGGGAAGCAGGAGAAGGUUCCGGUGUGGAAACGGUUUUGGAGGCCCGACAUAUAUGCCAGUUAUGCGGUGCUGCGGAAGUUAGUGCCACAAGACUUUGCCGAGAUCAGGUAUGCGCCUGAAGUCGAGCGAGAUGCGUAUCAAGACCCGGCAGUCAAUGCGAUUGCACCUUUGCUAUGGGUUCCGCAUGAUGAAAUGGGAGUGUCGAGGCAGGAGUGUCUACAUACGAACAAGGUUGUUCCCAUGACUGACGAGGGAGCUUAUUUCGAUGAAAAGGGGAGGAUAGUAUGGAGCGAGGAGGAAACGGGUGGAAGGCCACCAAUCUUUGAGGAGAAGAUUUAUUAUUAA